GCUCUAUCUGAUGAGGCGAAAGCACGGUACGAGAAGACAACAUUUAGAGUUGUUGAUUUGGAUGAUUAUGCAGCCGACGAUGAGGAGUACGAAGAGAAAUUGAAGAAAGAGUCCCUCGCUAUCUUCUUCUUGGCAACGUAUGGCGAUGGGGAGCCCACUGAUAAUGCCGCAAGAUUCUAUAAAUGGUUCACAGAGGGGAAAGAAGAGAGAGGGGAGUGGCUUCAGAACCUUCAGUAUGCUAUCUUUGGCCUUGGCAACCGACAAUAUGAGCAUUUUAAUAAGAUUGCAAAGGUAGCAGAUGAGCGGCUUGAGGCACAGGGAGGCAAGCGCAUUGUUAAAGUUGGUCUUGGAGAUGACGAUCAGUGCAUCGAGGAUGACUUCACUGCUUGGAGAGAAUUGUUGUGGCCUGAGUUGGAUCAGCUGCUUCGAGAUGAGGAUGAUGCAACAACAGUGACCACACCUUACACAGCGGCUGUAUUAGAAUAUCGAGUUGUAUUCCAUGAUUCUGCAGAUGUAGCUUCUGAGGACAAGAGCUGGAUUAAUGCAAAUGGUCAUGCAGUACAUGAUGCUCAACAUCCAUUCAGAUCUAAUGUCGUUGUGAGGAAAGAGCUCCAUACUUCUGCAUCUGAUCGCUCCUGUACUCAUCUAGAGUUUGAUAUUUCCGGGUCUGCGCUCAAAUAUGAAACAGGGGAUCAUGUUGGUGUUUACUGUGAAAAUUUAACUGAGACUGUGGAUGAGGCACUAAACUUAUUGGGUUUGUCUCCUGAAACGUAUUUUUCCAUACAUACUGAUAAUGAGGAUGGGACUCCACUUGGUGGAAGCUCUUUACCACCUCCUUUCCCAUCCUGCACCCUCAGAACAGCAUUAACUCGAUAUGUAGAUCUCUUGAAUUCACCCAAGAAGUCAGCAUUGCUUGCAUUAGCAGCGCAUGCUUCAAAUCCUGUGGAGGCUGACCGAUUAAGAUAUCUUGCAUCACCUGCCGGGAAGGAUGAAUAUGCCCAGUCUGUGAUUGGUAACCAGAAAAGCCUUCUUGAGGUCAUGGCUGAAUUUCCUUCUGCCAAGCCCCCACUUGGUGUCUUCUUUGCAGCUGUUGCACCACGCUUGCAGCCUCGAUUCUACUCUAUAUCAUCAUCUCCAAGGAUGGCUUCAUCUAGUAUUCAUGUUACUUGUGCUUUAGUCUAUGACAAAAUGCCAACAGGGCGUAUUCAUAAAGGAGUGUGCUCAACUUGGAUGAAGAAUUCUGUGCCCAUGGAGAAAAGCGAUGAAUGCAGUUGGGCUCAAAUUUUCGUGAGGCAAUCAAACUUCAAGCUUCCUGCAGAUAGUAAAGUGCCGAUUAUCAUGGUUGGUCCCGGAACUGGGUUGGCUCCUUUCAGAGGUUUCCUACAGGAAAGAUUAGCUUUGAAAGAAUCUGGAGUAGAAUUGGGGCCUUCCAUAUUGUUCUUUGGAUGCAGAAACCGUAGGAUGGAUUACAUAUACGAGGACGAGCUGAACAACUUUAUUGAAACUGGUGCUCUCUCCGAGUUGGUUAUUGCCUUCUCACGGGAAGGGCCAACAAAGGAUUACGUGCAACAUAAGAUGGCAGACAAGGCUUCCGAUAUCUGGAAUCUGAUUUCACAAGGGGCUUACUUAUACGUAUGUGGUGAUGCGAAGGGCAUGGCUAGGGAUGUCCACCGAACUCUCCAUACUAUUGUACAAGAACAGGGAUCUCUUGACAGCUCGAAAGCCGAGAGUAUGGUGAAGAAUCUGCAGAUGAGCGGAAGGUAUCUGCGCGACGUCUGGUGAUGAACUCCCUCCAUGUGUUCUCCAAAAGCAUAUAUCAGAAUAUUUAACGAAAAUUAGAUCUGGUUGAAUGAAUUAUUGAGAAGGUGUUUGCAAAUUGAGUCCCUUUGUCAAGCUGGUCUUCUUCUCACAUGGCAGAGGUUUAAUUAUAAUUAUAUCGUCUUCUUUUCAAUCCCCUUCUCUCCCAUUUUGGUCCACAGCUCGUAUGUGUUAUUCUUUUGUUCGUGUAAUUUAUAAAAUACAGAUAUAUUCAUUAGUUAGAGCUCUCGUUUUUCUAUUCUAGCGUUCUAAGAUGAACCAACAAGAUGGUUCAGAACUUCAAGUUCAUGUAUACUUGUCUGUAACAUUAAACAGAUGAAAUAAUUUAGACUUUUUUUUGUCCA